AUGACUGACAACCCUCCCCGUGAGAACCAGCCUCAGUGGUUCUCUCCCCGCCCCCAUCCCCCUCCCUCCCUGCUCAAACAAAUUACCAUUUGUGCUAAGGUGCCUCCUAUCAGCUCCCAGCUUCUUCCCAAACACGCCCACGGACCCUACCCCGGCCUGCGUCUAGACCGCGCGCGGACGAGGGACCGGCGCUCCGCGGGGGGCGGGAGAGCUGCGCGCAGACUCAGGCUCGGGUCCCACCCGAGUUUCCCCCCGCCCCCCCCACCUCCGAAUCCCCUCCAACGCCAAGCCCGACCGCGGCGCCUGCAUCCCGGAUAUUUGCAGAGCGAUAUCGCGGCUUUACAAGUGUUUGAUCAGAUACGCCCGGAAUCUCCCUUCGGGUCCGCACGCCCGGCUCGGGGGGGCCCCCGGGCGACUCGGGCUGCAGGAACCCCGCAACAGGUCAUCCUGACCGCCAGUCCGCGGGUGGCCCCCCCACGCCGGCCGGGCUUCGGGGUGCAGCCGCUGGGGCGAGGGGAGGGGGUGUGGCCGGUUCGGCGGGUCCCGCCGGGCUCACCUGAGAAGCCGCCGCCGGGACAGUGCGGGGAGCGGCUGGGGGAACCCCCACCACCCAGGGGGAGAGCGGGGAGGGCUGCGGGGGUCGCCGUUGUCCCCGGCGCUAGGCCAGCGGCGUUGGGAGGCGUCCUCCGCCCGAGCUCCGCAGCCCUCCAGCGCCCAGGCGGGCAAGCGAGCAGCCUCGGGGCCCGCACCCGGCAGAGCACCACAGUGCAGCGCCGGAGCCGCUGCCACCGCCGCCGCCAUUCCCCCGCGCCGCCCGGGUUGGGGGCGCAGCGCACCCACCUUCCCUCCCUGCCUGCCUCCCUCCCCCGCACUGCACCGCCGCCCCAGCACCGACCUGUGCAGCCCUGGCCGUCGCCUCAGGGGAUGGAAGGACGACGCCGGCCUCACGCUUCGCCACCGCCACUGCCCGCAGCCGCCGAGGGGGAACGCCGGGCGACCCGAGCAGUCGGCGUCUCUCAUUCAGCGCCAGCCGCUGGCGCUCGGGGGAGGGGAGUGCACUGGAUCCACCCCGUGCGCGCCGGGGGUGGGGGAGGAGAGCGGGCCAGGCGGGGGCGCGCGCCGGCGGGUGGGCGGAGCGGGGGCGCGCGCUCUCACCGACCGAGAGCGCUCGCGCGUCCCCGAGCACACAGCCGCCGGGGUCUCGGCCCCGCGCUUCCAGGCGCUGAGCCCCCUGGCCCUGCGGAGCCCAACGGCUCUGCCCGGGUCUGCCGCGCACGCGCGCGCCGCCAGCGGCAGCCCCACCGGCUGAGAGCGAGGUAG